UGCAUGAGGGCCUUUGCCGCCUACAGAUAGAGAUCCUGUCCUUUUUUUCUUGCACGGACAUCUUUGGUGCCCCGCUCGCGUCUUCUGGGGCGUGCCUUCCAUACUUGUCUCGAAGGACCGUCACCUCACCAUGAGUAGCUCCUGCCAUCGCGAGUAGCGCCCGCCAACAGGAAUGGCCAUGCCGGCAUUUGUUGUCGAGAACGCGACAAGCUCAGACUGCCCAAGGAUCAAGCACUCUUCAUAUCAAAGUCAUCAAGCCGCCAUCAAAGCCAGACACGAGCGGUAGCACAUUCUCAGGCGCCAGAGCUGCGGGGGCGCAGACAGCAUUACAGAAACAGCGGGAGCAGCGAGAGCGACGAGGGCAAUGAGACAUGGGAGACAGCAUAGCCAGCUAUGUUGAGGGCUGUCUCGAUUUAUUCCACCUUGUGACGGACCAAGUCGGGAAUGCCUCCGACACCACAGGAAAUUUGAAGUUUUGGAGAGACAUUAGGGAUGAGCGCACGCGCUUCAAGGUAUGGGCAGGAAACAUCGGAGCUCACAGCACGGGAAUGAGCUCGCUCGACUACCGGCUGCGAGACUCAUCACAUAUUCGAGUUCAGGUCGUACGGCUGCUGCAGGAUCUCGAUGAGCUCCUCGAGGAUGCUCUGGCCAUCGUGGGUGGCUACGAGUUUCCCUGGGACCAGACCAGCGAUGCAAAGGGGACAAAAGAAGGGCAUGAAGUGACCAUCGAAACACCGACUCAAGACACAGCGGAAAAUGACGACGUACUGGAGGAAAGCGAUCUUGACCAGAUUUCGGUUGACGUGGUGGAUGUUGUCAACUGCCUCCUUCGCUUGAGUGCGGCAAUCCGCAACCCGGCGCCUCAUGAUCGGUUCGCUGCGUCGGUGUUUACGGAUACGUCACACUAUGAGCUCUUCGACAUUCGACAUGUGCAGUCAAAGUUCAACAGAAUCGACAUGACGCUGGCCGAAAGGCUCGGGAAAGCAAUCUCCAGACGGAGACAGUACUUCAAGUACCGAGAGGCGCAUCAUAUGAAGCUCGCUCAUGGACUCGAUCUUCACCGAGCGGCAGAUGCAGCUACUACGACUGACAGUGCUGAUCCGCAGACGGUAGCAUCAUCUAUACCGCAACACUUGAAGGGAGGCUCACAUCCAACGGAAGGGCCUCUCAUUUUUAGUGAAGAUCGUUCCGAAUCUGGACAGAGUCAAACAUCCUACGCUUCGUCCGCAGCAGGGAAGAACGAGUACCGCAUCCCGCCGUUGCCAAAAGAAGCCUUGGCGGGUCCAUUCGAAUGUCCGUUCUGCUAUAGGAUCAUUACAGCCACGAGCACAAUUUCUUGGAAGAGGCAUGUGCACGAAGAUCUUCGCCCCUAUAUAUGCCUCGAAAAGGACUGCAUCGCACCGGAGAAGGAAUUUGCUCGCCGACACCACUGGAUGAAUCACAUGAGGCAAAGUCACUGGAGCACUUACACCUGCCCUGCUUCUUGUGGUGCCAUGUUUCUGUCUGUUUCGGAGUGCCAAGAACACCUAACUCAAAGCCAUCCGGGACCAGUCCAGGCAGAUAAAAUGAUCGCAUUGAUUGAAUUAGGUGCACAGCCACUCGAUCUUAGCGAGGGCAUUGCGUGUCCCCUCUGCGGUGACUCAUUAAAAUCGGCUCAGCAAUAUCGACAUCAUGUAGGUCGGCAUCAGGAACAGCUUGCCCUCUUUGCGUUGCCCAUUGUGGGAUCCAACGAUGACGCUGUCGUGGACGAAGGGGAUGCAGAUGGUCAGGCCCAAUCUCGGGGAACCUCAGAGCCUGAUUCGUCCUCUGGGGAUCGAGACUCGGCUGUCGUUGGGAAUCUGGACAAAGCUGAAGAUACUAAACUACAAGACUACCUCGAGGGAGUCGAUCUUUCCAGCCGACCUUCGUCCCCAAAACCUGGAUCUGGCUCACUGACCCUGGAUGGGCGGCCAGAGAAGUUCUUGGCUUCGUUGAAUCGCGAGCAUACUCGAAAAGCCAACCAGAGCAAAGAUGGUUUAGGGUCUCAAAGUCGAGAUUCAGGUGUUGAGGGGGAUACCGUUGGCAGUCUGAAAGUUGAAGACAUUGUGUCUCUAUUGAACAAGAUCCGUGUGUCCAAGGAAAAGCAGCAUGGCGACCAGACACAUGAAGAUUUGCUAAACUCAGAUGGGAAAAUGCAGGGAAGUGACGAUGAGUCUCCCAAGGCGCGGCCGCCCCUGACCAAAAGGGCGAAACCCGAGAUCCCACCCCGGCCUACUGCGAGCUCGUCGGGCAAUGCAAAGGAUGACCACCUCUCUAAGCCGAAACCACCGGCGCCUACCCCCUCUCUGCUUCCCCCGGACAAACUGGCGGUCCUGCAGGCGGAGAUUCUGAUGGAGCGGAAUAAGCGACCCGGGCUUGGACCGAAGACGUCCAAGAAGGGAGACGCUCCCAAGGAGCAGAACCCAGUUGGAGAAAAGAAACAAUUCCCCUCGACGGACGCGCGGGCGGAAGAAAAAGCUAAGGCUACUAUGGACAGUGCCAAGAUGAAGAAGAGCACCAAGAAACCUAUGCCGGCUGUCGCAUCCAGAGCAACGAUCGAGCAGAAUGUUCAGUGGCAUCAGCCGGUGGUGGGCGGAAGCUACUACCCCAUGCAGGUGCCGCAACCUCUCGCGGCGUGGUCUCAACCAUGGCUACCGAGUCAAGCGCACCCCGUCGUUCAUCCUCGCAGCCAGCCUGGCGGAAGCAGGUACAUUGAUUCACCGCAUGGUAUAUCUGCACGUCACCCUGCACGGCUUCCGCCAUUGUCGGCUCAAACGGGACCGUCGAACCCGCCGGCCAGCUUCUAUGGCGGUAUUGCGCCCGAAAGCCAGCGUGCUCUGGCUGUCGAUGAAAGCGGCCGCUUGACGGCCAACUUUCCUCCGCGACCGCCUAUUCGGGAUCCAGACCUAGUUGUGGAGAGGCAACUGAGGCUUCAACAACAGGCCCCUGUAUCGUACUUUAACUCAGAAGGCCCCGGCAUUCAAGACCCUCGCCACUACUCUGCAAUUCCAUUACCGCCACCGUCCAGCCCGUACUAUCCUCCGGGUGCAGCAGUACCGUCGGGCACGCGUCCGUUGGCUCGAGCGGCAUCCUCAGGUGGAAUACCAGCGGAUUAUGGGUACGGCAAUUAUGGGAGUGCUGUGUACAACGGUGAUGAGGAUCGCGGUCGCCGUCUCAGUCGUCGAAGGAGUGGAGAGUGGCAGUAUGAACAGCGGCAAUAUGAUCAGGGGCCCAGGCUACCAACGGGGACGACACGCCCACCCCCGCCCCUACACCCUCCUCCGAUGUAUGGCAACGUAGAGUACGAUGUUGCGCCGGCAUCGAGAAACCGCCGGCGUGGCUCCAUGUAUGGCGCCAACGAUUCCGAAGCAAGAGAAAGACAGAUGGUCGCGGGUAUGGCUGUCAUAGAGAGGGCGAUGGCUCCGACGGGCGUGCCUCUCACAGCGGACAUGUUGCGGCGGAUAGGGGGUCGCCCUCCACAUACGUCCAGUGCUCAAGCAACGGACGGAAGCAACAGCGGGGACGAACAGCGCAGGCGCAGUCCGCACACCAUGUCGCGCACAAUACAAUCACCGACGGCACACGGAGACGACAUCACGAUCAAAGUGGAAGGUGGCGCCACCAUCAAUGUGGGAGGGAUUGAGAUGCGCACCGGCACGGCUGGUGGCGAGAUCGUCUUGACGUCGCACGGAACGACGCUGUCUGGAUUUCGUCGCGACGAUGAGGACAGGAAGGGCUCGAGAAGGCAAAGCAAACAGGCCGAACCUUCUGUCCGGCGAAGCACCACGGUCAAAGACACAAAUCAGUAAUCCGCAGGCAAGCGAACGUCCACUCUUAGUGAACGCUUUAAGACUAGGCGGUCUCAGAGUAGGGCCCGGAGCCAGGGGGGCAUGGAGCCUCCUUAGAGGUAUUUUGCAGCGUCUACAGAAAAUACGUGUUCUCCGAGACAUACCUAGCCUGGGAGUGAGCUCAACUGCGACUGUUGAGGCAAUGAGAUGUGG